CAAGACCUCCGCCUAGCUAUUGUGCGCAGCUCUCCCAACUUUAUUAUAAGCAGGCAGCGAGCCGCAGCGCUGUCAAACCAGGCGACAGGCAGCAAGUAGCGGGAGAACACGCGAAACCGGGCGACAGGAUUAUUCUUCCAAGACGCACUGCCAUUUACUGCCAACUUUUGGGAGAUCUUGUUCGCGGAUACCGGAGAGAGAGCGACCCCCCGCCCCUCCCACGGCAAAAAGCAAGUGGCUCCAUCCGUGACUCCCAGCGCCCCGGUGCCGCCACCGGCAGAGCUCCAUGUAUAAAAUGGAUUACUCCUACCUGAACUCCUACGACUCGUGCAUGGCCGCCAUGGAAGCGUCGGCCUACGCGGACUUCAGCUCGUGCAGCCAGGCCAGCUCGUUCCAGUACAACCCCAUCCGCAGCGGACCCUUCUCCAACCCGGCCUGCACCCCGCUCAGCACGGCCAGCUGCACCCUGGGAGCCCUCAGAGACCACCAGCCCACGCCGUACUCGUCAGUCCCAUACAAGUUCUUCUCAGACCCUUCGGGCCUGAAUGAGAAACGGAAGCAGAGGCGCAUUCGGACCACUUUCACCAGUUCCCAGCUGAAGGAGCUGGAGAGGGUUUUUGCCGAGACCCACUACCCGGACAUUUACACCCGAGAGGAGCUGGCUCUGAAGAUUGAUCUGACAGAAGCCAGAGUACAGGUGUGGUUUCAGAACAGGCGUGCAAAGUUCCGCAAGCAGGAGCGGGCCGCCAACGCAAAAGCCAACAGCUCUGGGACGGGCAACACAAGCAGCUCCGGAGGAAAGAAAGGCGGUGAGACCAGAUCGUCAUCGGAUGACGACGAGUCCAAAGAAUCCACCUGCAGCCCCACACCCGAUAGCACGGCCUCGUUGCCGGGCUCGGCAAACGGGAACCUGGGUAGCCCCUCCAGCCUGAGCCCCAGCCCGGCUCCGGCUAAUGGAGGAUACAUCAACGCCUCCGCCUCUCCGGUUCUGCAGGGGCUCAAGGCGGCCACCUGGUCCGGCCUGGGGCCAUCCAACCCGGCCGUGGCCCAGCCCGCCGCCCAGACUCAGGAGAUUCUGAAGGCCUGGCAGCCGGCGGACAGUAUGACGGGGCCUUUUGCCGGAGUCCUGUCCUCCUUUCACAGAAAACCCAACGCCACCAUCAAGACGAACCUGUUCUGAAGCACAGACAGUGGACCGAUCGAGACACGUGUUCUUCCCCAACAGCCGGGACACGAACGACCGCUAAUCUGACCCAAACCUCACCACUCACCUCAAAAUAUGCAUUUCAUCGUGUACACUCGAAGAACACUCGGUUUUUCCUUUCGACACAUACACAUGCAAGCAUCAGAGCUCAUGAGCAUGGUGGUCAGGUACGAGUCCUAAGCAGAAGGCCAAACAUUGAGCAACUUCCUCACAACACACAGCUCCAGCACAAGGAAGAGGGGCCCCCUAAAUCCAAUUAGAAAGACCCUCGGUUCAUUCCUUCCUCCCUCCUUACUGUAACAAGUCCAGGCUGUGACCUCCCUCUGUGACCCCUGGUGCUUUCAGGCCCAUCAUGCCUUGCCUCACCAAACACUAGCCACUUUGUUCACAAAGCAGAAAGGAGAACAACUUGAGGCCACUUUGCAUCGGCCGCAGGUUCCUGCCUAAGCUCGUCUUUCUAGUACUUAUUACAGACCUGCUGGGCUUUUACUCAUUUGGGACUUUCGGGAUGAUUCUGCAGCUCUCUUGGAGGGAAGUGUCACAUGUUCUUGCUCACUU